CCCGUCAGGCUGUGUUGAUGUUUGUAGCUGAAGAACCGAACUGAAGCUCGAGACGCUUUUUGUUUGUGUUCAACCAAACCGUCGAAAAGGAACCGAGUCGGUGUCGCCGCGGUCCGUUUCGGUUCGUUAGGAGCCUUAGCUCGGUAAUCAGAGCCGCACGGCCGGGCCGAAGGCCGAACACACCGAAACAUUUGAUCCAGAAGCGGAGGACUCGUCACCCUCUGACCCCCUCCCUGCCUCCUCUCCACCAUGACGAUUCUCCCGAAGAAGAAGCCCAGCUCCGGGGUCGGAGUCUCAGACCAUGCCGAUGACAGCGACCGUCGGAGCGGCUCCGACCCGCACCCGCACCAGCACCCGCACCCUCACCCGCACGCAGGGCGGACCGGAGCCCGGCCGAGGGCUUCCCCUCCGCCGUGGUCCUACCAGCCCGCUCCGCCCUCCGCCAGGGACGACAGGCGGAGCAUCGAGGCGAGCUCCCGGCCGCAGCAGGCCUCUCCGCCGCCCGUCGGCUCCGUGUCCCCGGUAGGGCCCGGCGACGGCCGGGACAGCAGCGGCGGCAUGGUCGCCGGGUCCCGCGGGGAGCUCGUCGUGUCGGCCGGUGUCGUCGGAUGCGGCGGAGGCAUCGGCAGCUGCUGCUCCGGUCCCGGGCUGAGCAAGAGGCGGCGGCAGGCAGGCACCUGCUCCGGCGGGGUGGUGGCGGCUCUGGCCGGCGGAGGCCAGCCCGGGGUGACCGGACCGGGAGGCGUCGGGUCCAGCCAGGACACGGAGGAAGGAGCGGGGAACAACAGCGAGGACGAGUACGAAAACGCCGCCCGGCUGCAGUCCAUGGACCCGGCUACCGUGGAGCAGCAGGAGCACUGGUUUGAAAAAGCUCUGCGGGAGAAGAAAGGAUUCGUCAUCAAGAAGAUGAAGGAGGAUGGAGCAUGUCUGUUCAGAGCUGUCGCCGACCAGGUGUACGGGGACCAGGACAUGCAUGAAGUGGUGCGGAAACACUGUAUGGACUACCUGAUGAAGAACGCCGACUACUUCUCCAACUACGUGACGGAGGACUUCACCACAUACAUCAACAGGAAGAGGAAAAACAACUGCCACGGUAACCACAUCGAGAUGCAGGCCAUGGCCGAGAUGUACAACAGACCGGUGGAGGUGUACCAGUACAGCACAGAGCCAAUCAACACGUUCCAUGGCAUCCACCAGAACAAUGACGAGCCAAUCAGAGUGAGCUACCACCGCAACAUCCACUACAACUCGGUGGUGAAUCCCAACAAGGCCACGAUCGGAGUCGGACUGGGGCUGCCGGCCUUCAAACCGGGGUAUGCAGACCAGUCUCUGAUGAAGUCGGCCAUCAAGACGUCGGAGGAGUCAUGGAUCGAGCAGCAGAUGCUGGAGGACAAGAAGCGAGCGACGGACUGGGAGGCCACCAAUGAGGCCAUCGAGGAGCAGGUGGCCCGGGAGUCAUACCUGCAGUGGCUGCAGGACCAGGAGAAGCAGGCCCGACAGCCCCGUAAGGCCAGCGCCACCUGCAGCUCGGCGACGGCGGCAGCCUCCAGCGGCCUGGACGACUGGAGCGCCCGGUCGCCACGGCCACGCGAUUCCGACCCCUCCCACUCUGACCUCACGACUGCCCCGUCGACCAAUAACAAACCUCCCUCCCCCGCCGGGGCCGCCCUCAUCCUGAGCAAACCGCCCUCCCCCUGCGCCCCAGGUCCCAGCAACCAGAGUCGUCACCAUUUGGAGUACAGAGCCAUCAUGCAGGAGAUGUCGCCCACAGCGUUCGGUCUGACGGACUGGGAGGACGAUGAGAUCCUGGCAUCGGUGCUGGCCGUCUCCCAGCAGGAGUACCUGGACAGCAUCAAACACCAGAGCGCCGCCAUGCACCGAGAGAGGGAGCCGUCGCCCGACAGCAGCUGAUAGCCGGCCAACACACACAAACACACACACACACACACCUUUGACCCCUCCCCCACCUGCCUCACCUCCCUCCCCCGCCUCACCUGUGAACUACAGAAGGAGAUCGACCAGGGAAGAAAUAAAACAUCCAACAACGAUGCACAUUUGUAUUUUUAUUUUGUUAUUCAUCGGCUCAUCACUCUCCGGUCUGUCGUCUCCCCCCCUCACCCUCACCCCCCCACUCUCCUCCGUUUCCCCGGUUACCACUCGGACGGAGCUCGGUCUUGACGCUGAUUCGGGGUCUGUUGUAAUUUAAACAUCAUUAUGGGCAGCUUUCCACAGAAUUUGUACCUUUUUGUUGUAACAGUCAGGCUGAUUAUUUUAGCCCGUUAGCUCUGUGGUUAACGGGGCCAUCGGUUUCAAUGAAGAAUGCUAAUCAGAACUGUGUUUGUCAGUGUCCUGGAGGCUAAGCUAGCAUGCUGUUUAGCAGGCAAGCUUUCACCAUAAGUCUUAAAAUCUGAAGUUUUAAAGUUCUGUCACCACUAACAAGCUACCAUUACGGUUAGCUAACUUUUUUCCACUCAUGUUAGCAUUAUUAUGCUAGUUAAAACCAAUCAACCAUUUAUCAGCAACCUGUAGGCCACGUUAGCAUGCUUCAACUUAGUCUGCGUCAUCCAAAGUGUUAUGUUUUGAGCUAGCUGAUAGCGAAAUUGUUUUCCACCUGAUCUUAACGCUCUGUUAGCUCCCACUGCCGGCCACUAAUGAAAUGUUUAAACUUCAUCAUGCUAAUCAGAACAUUAACGAUCUGUAUCGUGUCCUGUGGGCCAAGCUAGGAUGGUUUUUAGAGAGCAGGCUGAAAUCUUACUUUGCUGUAAUGCCAGCUUGAUUUUACCCUACUCGUAGCUCCUACCAGGUGAGAAAUGACACCGCUAACACCAAUAACAAGCUACCGUUACAGUUAGCUUCACUGCGAAUAGUGAUUCCCCUAGUCAUCUUAGUGCCAUUAUGCUAGUUAGCAUUGAGCAAGACAAACAGCCCCUUUAGCACGCUAUAAUUCUAGCUAGCCAAUAGCAAAACUGUUUCAUAUUCAUUGCUGUUCUUCUUACAUGGUGGCCAUUUUGUGUAAGGAGUCAAAGUGCUAAUCAGAACUGAACAGACUAUAAAUAUGUGUCCUGUAGGCUAAGUUAGCAUGCUGUUUAGCAGGCAAGCUUUCACCUUAAGUCUUAAAGUUAACACUUGAAGUUUUAAUGUUUUGUCACCACUGACAAGCUACCAUUAUGGUUAGGAAACUUUUUUUUACACUCAUCUUAGUAUUAUUAUGCUAGUGAAAACCAAUCAAGACUAACAGUGCAAACAUUUAUCAACAGCCUGUAGGCCACCUUAGCAUGCUUCAACUUAGUCUACGUCAUCCAAAGUGUUAUAUUUUGAGCUAGCUGAUAGCAUUACAACAUAGUAAGAUAAAUCCUACUGUGCUGUAAUGCUGUCUCCUAGCUUUAGAUUGCAAAAUUGUUUUCCAUUGAUUUUAUCCUGCACGAAAUGACACUGCUAACACCAAUAACAAGCUAACAGUUAGCUUCACUGUGAAUAGUGAUUUUUUUCCCCCAGUCUUUGUACCAAUAUGCUAGUUAGCGCUGAGAAGGACAAACAGCCCCUUUAGCACGCUAUAACUCUAGCUAGCCAAUAGCAAAACUGUUUUAUAUUCAUUCUUGCUCUUCUUAAAUGGUGGCCAUUUUAUGUAAGGAAUCAAAUUCUCAGCGCUAAUCACAACUGAACAGACUAUAAAUAUGUGUCCUGUAGGCUAAGUUAGCAUGCUAUAUAGCAACCAGGCUAUUACCUGACGUCUUACUGAGCUCUGAAGCUAGGUCUUUUUAGCAUUGCUAACAAGCUGUGUUGCUGUUAGUUUACUGUUAAUAGCAAACACGUUUCUUCCACUGGCAGCCAUUUUGUGUGACAAAAUGCCAACUGAAUGCUAAUCAGAGCUGCUUUAGCUUUAGCGAGCUAGCUAGCAACCUAGAAAGAGCGGGAGCUAGCUUCAAAACGUCAGGCGUUCACAUGGUAAUGUGAAUGUUUUGAAGCUAGCUCCCGCUCUUUCUAGGCUACAGUUAGCCGCUCUGCUGUUAGCCGAACCAUUUUUUCACCUCCCACUGGAGGCCAUUUUGUGGUGACACAUCAUUAUUUGACAAAUUAAAAGCCUCCAGUUUCACGGCCUGUAACACCUCCUCCUCUUCCUCCUCCUCCUCCUCUUCCUCCUCCUCCCUCAUCAUCAUCAUCAGACUUAUUUAGCUGCAUGUUUAAUUGACCACGACCAUUAUCAUCAUAGAAAAAAAGCGACAAACAGAAAAAUUAGAGAAUUGUCAUACUUAUCCUCUUAUUGAUUAUUGUUGUUAUUAUUAAUAUAAGUUUGUUUUAUUUUAUUUUCUCGUUUGGGAUGGAAAAAACUUUUUCUUGGAAUAAAAAGAGGAAAAUGUUUCUGAAAAUGAA